AAAGCGGGCUUGUGGGGACAUCGGAUUCAUAUUAUGACAGGAACCAGAAGAACCACGCGAGGGUGUUGUGUACCUAUGCAUGAAGUAUGUUUGUUGAACCUUGUUGCUUCUUCAGUUUGUUGCAUUUAUCCCGUUAGUUUGCUAACUAACGCCCGCUAGUUCAGUGAAAGACUAAUGAAACAAUUGAUAUUUGCACGAGGGAGAAAAACCCUGCGAGACGCAGCACUUGAAACACCCUACUUUUUAUGAUCUUGUAGCUACUCCGUUAUCGGACAUCUGACCGUAGUAACAUAGAGGGAAACAUUUUGUUGUCAAAUCAAAAGUUUCUUUAUUUGUGGCUGGAGUGCCUAUUUUUUCCGCCUUUUAAAAAUAUUCAUUGGUAUCUUUGUGGAAAACAUGAUUGCUGUACAAACAGGACUGUACAUUGGAGCUGCCUCUGACCUGGCAGACUGUUGUGAAUUAGCCAGAGCAGGCAUCACACACAUACUUACGGUCGACUCCGAAGAACCGAAAUUGCAAGGAUCAUUUCAGACGAAGUUUAUCUAUUCCCUGGAUGACAUGUGCGCGGAUCUGCUGAGCUCUUUGGACAGUUGUGUGCAAUUCAUCUCUGAAGCUUUGGAAGCACCUUCAUCUGCGGUCCUUGUGCAUUGUCAUGCAGGACGAAGUCGGAGUGCUGCGGUGGUUACUGCGUUUUUGAUGAGAUCAAACAAACUGACCCUGACUGAUGCCUAUUCUAAGCUCCAGCAAAUAAAAUCGGAUGUAAAGAUCAAUGACGAGUUUUUGAACCAGUUGGCACUUUAUGAAUCAAUGGACUGUGAAGUGGACAUGACCAGUCCUGUGUACAAGCAAUACCGGCUCCAGAAAAUCACAGAUAAGUACCCAGAGCUACAGAGUGUGCCAAAAGAAGUGUUCGCUGCUGAUCCAAUGAUAGCGUUAUCCCACGGCAGCGAGGUUGUCCACAGAUGCAGGAAGUGUAGACGGACAUUAUUUCGUGGCUCCAGUAUUCUUAGUCACGAUGUGGGCAGUGGACCAGCUGCCUUUGCCCACAAGAAAACGGUUGACGCGGCAGCCCGCACACCCGGCCUUGCGAUUCAAACGCAGUGCACGUCGUACUUCAUUGAGCCCGUGCAGUGGAUGGAGCCCGCACUCCUGGGUGUGCUAGAUGGACAGCUUCUGUGCCCAAAGUGCAGCUCAAAGCUGGGCUCAUUCAACUGGUAUGGAGAGCAGUGUUCAUGCGGUCGAUGGAUUACGCCUGCUUUUCAGAUUCACAAGAACCGAGUGGAUGAAAUCAAACACAUGAAUGUACCAUCGCUUAAAUAACAGUACAGAUGACUGAAGCAGAGAUUCCCUAGUUCCAUUAUCAAGUUGCAUUUCUGUCAUCAUCUCAGCAAGGAGUUCUCUUCUGACAAUGUGUGAACUGGGACAAAGACUGCAUUGAAAUGGCUCGGGCAUGGUCUAUGUAAUUAUAUUAGUUUUCUUUGUAAUUAAGCAAAUUUUCUCACAAAUAAAUAUGUACAUAGAAACAAUG